AUUUUCAAAUCUAUAUAUGUAUAUAGAUUACCGUGCAAACAAAUCUAUUGUUUUCAGCAGCACACAAACAUAGAAACAUCGCAAAAUAAGUAUAAAGUGUAUGGAUGAUGUCGAAGUGAAAUCUGGGAUUUAAUAAACGUUCAGUAUAAAUCGAGAGCUUGGAAGAGCUAUCAGCUGGCGGAAGAAUGUAUUUGCUAACCUUGGGAUUGGUGGCAUUGCAUCUGAUAGUGCUACCGAUUUACUUGUAUCUAACAUGGCAUCAUAAUUAUUGGCGUAAGCGAGGACUUGUCACGGUCAAGCCACUAACCAUAUUGGGCACCUAUCCCGGUCUAUUGACUAGGAAAAGUAAUCUAGUGCACGAUGUGCAGCGGGUAUAUGACAAGUAUAAGGGCAAACAUCGCGCUGUGGGUGUAUUUAUGACAAGAGAGCCACAGAUUUUGGUGCUCGAUCCGCAGUUGGCCCAUGAAGUGUUAGUUUCGAAUUUUCGAUCCUACCGAGACACUCUCACUAGUUCGUAUAUCCGUCAUGCGAAAUGGGACAAAUAUGCCAAGCGUAACCCAUUUUGGGCUUCAGGUGAGACUUGGAAGCGUUUGAGGAGCGAAGCUCAGAUUGGUAUUUCUGCCCGUCGUUUGGCCCAAGCCUAUGCCAUAUGGGAGGAGGGUGGCAAGAAGCUCAACGAAUACAUGGCAAAUCAAGUGCUAGAGCACGACAAUAUCCUGGAGACCAGAGAUCUCUGUUUUCGCUAUACGGCUCAUGUAAUGGGCGACUUUAUAUGGGGCAUUGAUGCUGGCACUUUGACCCGACCACUGGAGAAUCCCAAUAAGAUCCAACAAAUGGCCAGUAAAUGGACAAGCUAUGCUUUUUAUAUGUUGUCCAUAUUUAUGGCCUCGGUUAUAGCUCCAUUUUCCCGUUUGCUGUUACGUUUUCGUUUUUAUCCCAAAGAAACUGAUGAGUUCUUCUCGAAUCUUACCAAAAAAUCAAUUGAUUUGCGUCUUGAAACGGGUGAUGAAGAAUCUCGAACCGAUUAUCUAUCCCAUUUGCUGCAAUUGCGUGAACAGAAGCAGGCUAGCCAUGAUGAUUUGGUGGGUCAUGCUCUGACAGUGAUGCUGGAUGGUUACGAUACCACGGGAACGGCUUUGCUUCAUGCCUUAUACUAUUUGGCAGAGAGUCCAACAGCCCAGCAAAAGUUACGCACGGAAGUCCUGCAAAAUUUAAACGACAAGGAGAGCUUAAGCUUCGAACAGUUGUGCGCCUUACCCUAUCUCGAACAAGUUGUCUAUGAAUCUUUACGUCUGAGUAGUCUCAUACCGCAGUAUACGAAAAUCUGUACAAGUCCCACACACAUUCAGUUGAACGAAUUCAAAAGAUUGGAGGUCGAAGAGGGCAUGACAAUAAUGAUACCGAAUUAUCAGUUCCACCACGACAAGCAUUAUUUUCCCGAUCCAGAAACAUUUCGGCCCGAGCGUUUUGAGAAUGGCGUCUAUGAUGAACUUGUACGGAAAGGUAUUUUCCUGCCAUUCAGUGAUGGGCCACGCAUUUGCAUGGGCAUGCGUUUGGCUCUAUUGACAUUGAAAUCGGCUCUGUUAUAUAUAGUUAGCGACUAUCAAAUUGUAAGAUCGAAGGAAAAGAUUAUUCCAAGUGGAGACUCUGGUUUUGGCAUUACUCUUCAGGGUGAUAUAUUUUUGGAGUUUCGUCGAUUCAUGAGAUAGAACUCGAAUGCAAAAUGCAUUUUUUUUUCAUAUAUGAAUAAAACGUCAAAAAGUAACGUAAAUUUUUCGUUGAAUAAAAUACCGUUAUUAUUUUUGCA